ACUGCGCUGCAAGUAAACAAGAGUAGUCACUGGUCAGCCCUCCGUCAAACGGAAAAGAAUUUCUUUUGCAGUAACAAUUUUAGAUAAGAAAUCAUAUAUGAAGUAGAUAUCUCCGUAUUGAAUCUCCUCAAAACAAUAGAAAAUCAGUCAAAAGACAAAAAGAGAUGAAGAUCACUAUAAUGACAGCUGACGAACAAAUCAUAACCCUCGAUGUCGAUCGAGAUGAAACUGUCGAGAACUUGAAAGCAUUACUGGAAGUUGAGACGCAGGUGCCGCUUCAGCAACAGCAGCUGCUAUAUAAUGGGAAGGAGAUUAGAAAUGCUGAGAAGCUAAGUGGUCUUGGCGUUAGUGAUGGAGAUUUGGUGAUGAUGGUGGCAGGAGUGUCUCAAUCUAGUGCAUCUACCAGUGCAAUGGGCUUCAAUCCAGAUGGUUCUGCUGUGAACCCUUCAGCCUUCCAGCAGCAUUUACGGAAUGAUUCCAAUUUGAUGGCUAAACUGUUCCAGAGUGAUCCUGAGCUAGCACAAAUUGUUCUUGGGAAUGAUCUCAACAAACUACAAGAAAUUCUGCGUCUACGUCAUAAACAGAGAGCAGAACUCCUUCGCAGGAAAGAUGAGGAGAUGGCACUACUUUAUGCAGAUCCAUUUGAUGUAGAGGCACAAAAGAAAAUUGAAGAAGCAAUCCGGCAGAAAAGUAUUGAUGAGAACUGGGAAGCUGCCAUAGAGCACAAUCCUGAAGCUUUUGCAAGGGUGGUCAUGUUAUAUGUUGACAUGGAAGUCAAUAGUGUCCCUUUAAAGGCCUUUGUGGAUAGUGGAGCUCAAUCAACAAUUAUAUCAAAAAGCUGUGCUGAACGAUGUGGAUUGUUAAGACUCUUGGAUACACGCUAUAGGGGUAUUGCCCGCGGUGUUGGUCAAUCUGAGAUACUUGGUCGAAUUCAUGUGGCUCCAAUCAAGAUUGGGUCGGUAUUUUACCCUUGUUCCUUUCUGGUUCUGGAUUCCCCAAAUAUGGAAUUUCUCUUUGGGCUUGAUAUGCUUCGUAAACAUCAGUGUAUGAUUGAUCUGAAGGAAAAUGUCCUUAGAGUUGGUGGAGGAGAAGUCGCCGUACCAUUUCUACAUGAGAAGGACAUUCCAUCUCGGUUGCUGGAUGAAGAGAGGCAUGCCAAGGAGGCUUCUGUUUCUGAUGCACAAGAAACGGUUGGUUCUAAAGGGAAGAGUAAUAUCCCAACCGAAUUUUGAAGCAAAAGUGAGCAAGCUUGUCGAGCUGGGGUUGGGAAGGGCAGCAGUCAUACAGGCUUUGAAGUUUUUCGAGCAGGUGCCUAUCUUUUUGGUGGUUGACGGGCAACUUUAUUCUUGUACACCAGUCGCUUGUUUGAUCAAAGGGUCGAAAGAACUUUUUUCCGGUGUGACCCUUCAUGAAGCAGGCCGGGAAGCGUGAGUGGAAUAACGAGAAAUAAUUACCAUUUUUUGCUUUUUUAUGCUGUUGUUUAUUCUUUCUCUGGAUCAUGUUAUUGCAGAAGUUAUAAGAUUUACAGAUUUGGAUAUCUUUCCUAAUGUUUUUUUAAGAUGGGGGUUGAUGUUGAAAGCUUGAAA